AUGUUUCUGUUUGUUUCUGUUAAUGUUUUCCGGAAUAUUUCAGGACUGUUUUUAAGUUGUUUUCCGGAAUGUGUUUUAUACUUAUUAGUUAUUGUUUUCCGGAAAGUCUAUCUGUUGUUUUUCGGAAUAUUUUUGUGUUUUCCGGAAUGUGUUUUAUUAAUGUGUUUUUGAUGUAUUUUCCGGAAUGUGUUUUAUAAUUAUUUUUAUUUGUGCGUGUUUUCUGGAAUGUAUUUUAUAAUUGUUAGUUAUUGUUUUCCGGCAAGCUUUAUUAAUGUGUUUUCGAAGUGUUUUGGAUAGUAUUUUCCGGAAUGUGUUUUUACAAAUUAAAUUAAACACAUGUUCCGGAAUCUUAAAAGCUUGUGUAUUUUUUCCCUUUUCUGUAUUUUCAUGCUUUCUCAUUUUUGAUUU